CCCUGCACAGCUGUUUCACCUAGUCUGCUCACUCAACUGCCCGUGUGUUGUAGGGCCGCAGCUUGCUAGCAGAUCUGUUGGAGGAUGAGGAGGUGGGCCACAGAGACAGAGAGGAAGGGAAUGGAGGUGGAGAAGCAGGAAGGUGCAACCAAGAGCCAAGAGUCAAAGGCUUCUUCCGAGAGGGUGUCCAUGGACCUUCUCCGCCAUAGGAUUGGCAGGCUAGAAAAGACAAUAGAGGAACUGACACUUCAGUAUCAGAAAUUGGAUCAGGGUGCAAAGAUUCUCAUGCAGUCCUUUGACCCGCACUGUGCAAACAUUGCAGAACAAACUGGACAGGAUGAGAUGUGGUCAAUGCUGCUGGAGGAGAGGUUCACACAACUGGAAAUCAACCUGUUCUUCAGUUAUGUUGUGGAUAUGCUUCAGUCUUUGCACUCUCGUGUAUUGGAGAAGCAGCCAGAAUCUUCCAGCGUUCUGCCCACUUUGUCUUCUAUCUUGAAGAGGAAGGUUUGGGAUAAGGAACUUGAGGCCACGUGGACAAGUGCGCUUUCAGAACUUGGUCUCACUGACUCUGAUGAAAAGGCUCUGUGCACAUUCUUUGUGACCUAUUACAAUGAGGCCAAGUAUUACCCUCCUCUUGCAAGAAAGAAGUACAAUCAGAACAUCCAAGAGGUGUUAAAGAAAGUUGUGUCCAGCCAUAUUCUACACCACUGUCUCCUCCACAUUGUGCAGUUGUUAGAUAAAGAAAAUGACACGGUGACAACUGGGAGUCAUUAAGCCACCAAGACACCACAUCUGCUUGCAUCAGAGUGAGAAGCAAGGUCCACGUACAACUGGAAGCUACCCGACAUGGGAAUGGCAUAAUUGUUCACAUUCUCAUGCCUACACUUUACACUAAUAAAGCCUGAUCCUUUGCAAAACUGACAAACAUGGAAAGUACAAAAUAAGGAAAAGCAAAACUUCUGCUGGAAUUUUAACAAGGAUUGGAAAGCUAAAUAAGUUACUUUGUUUGACAUGUACAGUAGAUUUGCUGAAAAGUUAUCGCAGUUUAAUGAAUCAAGGUUUCUUUUCAAAUGACGCAGUAAACCCUAGGAAAUUAAUCCCUCGUCAUUGAAAUCUCUGCAAGUUUCUUCUCUUGUUUCCUAACCUAGUUGUUCACUGUGACACAGUUGGUAGCAUUCUUAAAUUAGAAGGAAGUAGGAUUUCCACUGGCUGUAUGCCACUUAUUCCCUUUUGACCAACCCCUUUUUCCAUGAUACCUUAGUUUUAUGCAAGGUUUUCUACUUCCAAACUAUUAUCAUGUUUAAUAUUCUGGGUAUUGAAUACACAUCAAUUAUGUAAACAUUUUAGACAACUUUUGGACUGCUCUUCUCUAAUCUCUUUGAAACAGAUGUCAUCUUGCAUACUUGCUCUGUAAGUGACUGUGUGGGAAACAUUCACAAAGGUUUCCAGCCUUCCAAAUAUGAUGGGAUGUAUUACGUGGAGUUGAAGCCCAGUAAUAAACAAGCCUGACCAAAAUAUCAGAGACUUCCUAUAGUUGUGGUUAUCCACUGGGAGGGCUGAUGGCAUUUCUGUUAAUGGUAGAUCUAACAGUUCACACUUCUGAAGGUGCUGCGACAAUACUUUGGUAAAUCACAACACAACAAUGUCUGCAACUGCUGGGAAUCCAAAGCAAUGCACACAGAGCUUUGGAGGAAUCCAGCAUCUACAGAAAAGAGUGAACUUUUGAGACCUGAAGAAGGGUCUCAGCCCAAAACGUUGACUGUUUUACUCUUUUCCAUAGAUUCUGCCUGACCUGCUGAGCUCCCCCAGUGUUCUGUGUGUAUUGCAAUACUUUGAUGCAGUGUUGAGGAAUUGGCUCAAGUCACUGGACUGGGAUCUGAACCCAUGCACUUGGUUCAAAUGCCGAGCAUAGGUACGAAUUUAAAUUAGUUCACUUUUGGAAGAGUAUGCAGGAGUGUCACGGACCUUAUGUGUUGAAUAUUGUGAUGGUAUUGGGUUUGCUGAUCACCAAGUUCUAAUUCAAAUGAAGACCUUAAGCCCUAUAAGAUGUAAAUAGCCAGAGUACCCUCACCAAAGGGAGGUUAUACUGUAACUAUUCGAUCUUCAAAGACUAGUUCAUUUUCCUGUUUAUUCUCCUUGGCAAUUUCAGCUGCCAAUACCCACUAUUUGAGCAACAGGACCCUCCCUCCCUGCCUAGGAGAACAUAUCUGCAACUAUCAAAGCAGUUUAAAACACAGUUCAUUUAUUUUCAGUGAUACACGGUUAAAUCCAAACAACAUUCUUUUUUUUGUAAUUUAUUUUUAUUGAAUUUCAUCAUCAAACAAACAUUUCCAUAAGAUGUAUUUCAGAUACUGUACAUAUAAUCAUAUUUGUCACAAAUCUCCACAUAAUAUUUAUCUGAGGUUUACAGUUAUAGAAAGGAGAGGAAAGAACAAUCGAAAGAAGAAAACUAUGUACAGAGUAGGGAGUGAUCUUUUUUUUUACAACAUAUUCAUUGACUUGUGAGAAUAAAAUCAGGCCUAUGAGGUAUUAAGUAGUUAAACUAUUUUUUCCAGUAUGAAUAAAAUUGUUCCAACUUAUGAUUAACAGAUGCUGUUAUCUUCUUCAUUUUGUAACUGUCCAUUGUAAUUUCCAUCCAUACAUUUAAAGUUGGGCUCUCCUGGUAAGGUCUUUUUACCAGCCACCAGCAGUACAUUCAUUAAAUAUUUAUCUCUUUUCAACCAUUCUUCAGGUACAUACCCAAAAUAUAUGGUCUUACUCUCCAAGGGUAUUUCACUUUUAAAGAUGUCUUGUAGGGCAUUAUGUACCCCACUCCAAUAAUCUUUGAUAACGGGGCAUUCCCAGAAAAUAUGAUAAUGGUUUGCAUUUUGAUUUCCAAGUAACAUUCUUAAAACACAUUUAAAACUCAAAGGAUUUAUAUCUUAUAAAAGACUUCCAAAUUACAAAUAAUAUCUAACGCAGGAAGGAAUGUUUUGGAAACAUGGAAUGAAGCUAAAAAGACAUACCCAUGAAUCACAGAUAAACUAUUCAUCUGUUGCAGAAAUCGAAGCCAGAUGAAUGGAUUCUAGUUCACCCUGUGUUUCUUUCAUGCUUCUCAAUGUUCCUUGGUCUGUUCCUAAUAAGCCUGAACUGCUCUCUUCACUUAUAGUUUCCUUGCCACUUGGGUGACUUCACCCACGUUAUAUUCUUUCAUAUACCUUUUAACACAAAUGGUUCAAAAGCUUCUUGGAGACACAGAUCCCAGGUACCCACAAUUAAUGAUGUGAAGCUAACUUCCUUGAGUACAUAAACCUUAUUAAUACACCAGUUAUUGAUAUACUAAAUGAUUAUCUCCAUCUGGUCUGCAAGCUUCCUCGAAAUACGCAACUUUGCCAGUGUUGACUGUUUUGAAAUAAGCCCCAUUAAAUAACCCAUUGUUUUAUACUACACCUCUUCAGCAAUAAAACAGAUGCAUUGGCCAACAUCUUGUGCUAUAAACAGUGUUUGUUUGCAAAACUGUUGUUUCCAACUUUGAGCUGAUUACUAUUUUCUGUUUACAUUACGAAAUGAAAACAGACUCCUGUUUACAACCGGAAGCUAAGCAAUGAAUAUUAGCUGGAAAUUUAACUUACAAAUGUUUGAUCUUUAAAGUGGCAGCUGAUGUGUUUAGAAAGCUAAGCUUGGCAAAAAAAAACCAGCCUAGGAAGCAAAUAUCCGUUACAAUAUAUUGUAUGUGAAAUAAUAACUUCCUAUCUUUUCAGGUUCUUGCUGAAAGAGGGUUAUACCACUGCUUGACCCGUUUGGUACAUUUCUUUGAAAUGUUACGAUACACUUUAAAACUCUAAGCACUUUAUUAAAUCAAAGUCAGUAACUCAAAAGAUAUUUUAAGAAUAUUGAACAUUUUAAAACUAAGAGCCCAAUAAAAAUCCAUUCCAGAGUGAUGUUUAACUGAGCAUAUCUCAACUAAUCUCUCCCAUGUAAAGCAAGGUGGGGGGGGAAGUGGCUGAGCCUCCUCCAACUUGGCUAAGAACUCAUUCAUCUGAAAUCUAAGUAUUGUGCACAAGACUCUACUCCCAGACUAAACUUCUUGAAGGGUACCCUGCAAGAGGUGCAGGCUCAUUGGGCCUGAGGGGCCCAUUACCAUGCGAUACCCAAUUCUUACGUCAGAAUGCUGUUCAUUGACUUUAGUUCGGCAUUCAAUACUGUGAUCCCCUCCAAGCUGAUCGCCAAACUUCACCAGCUUGGUAUCAGCUCAUCCCUCUGCAAUUGCACCUUGGACUUUCUGACUAAUAGACGCCAAUCAGUUGAGUUAGACAACCUCUCCUCCUCCACUCUCACCCUGAACACUGGUGUGCCUCAAGGCUGUGUGCUGCGCCCUCUUCUGUACUCCCUUUUCACCUAUGACUGCAUUCCUGUACUCAAGUUCGCAGACAACACCACGGUGGUUGGCCUGAUCAGAGGGGAUGACGAGACGGCCUACAGGGACGAGGUCCAGCACUUGGCCGUGUGAUAUGCCAACAACAACCUGGCCCUUAACACCCAGAAGACCAAGGAAAUCAUUGUGGACUUCAGGCAUGCUAGGAGCCACACUCAUGUCCCCAUCUACAUCAAUGGAGCUGUAGUGGAGUGUGUAUCAAGCUUCAAAAUCCUUGGUGUCCACAUUUCAGAGGAUCUCACUUGGUCCCUGAACUCCUCCAUCCCAAUCAAAAAGGCGUGACAGUGCCUUUACUUCCUGCAGAGCAUCCAGAAAGCUCACCUCUGUCUCAGGAUACUGACGAACUUUUACCGCUGUACUAUUGAGAGCAUACUCACCAACUGCAUCUCGGUGUGGUACGGCAAUUGUCCCGUAUGAGACCACAAAGCACUCCAGCGUGUGGUGAAAACUGUCCAGCGGAUUAUCG